AAGAAGUGGAAAAGGAAGAAGAAGAAGAAGAAGAAAGAGAGGAGAGGGGGAGAAAUCAGUCCGUCACAGACAUGAACGUUACUUCGACGUUGGAGUUCCCCACCAAUGACACCCUCCACGUCGGCAACGGCUUCGACUGCGGCGUUGAGCCCGAGGAAUACGGGCUAUUGACGCGUGUGUUCAUAGCGGUGUUCGCCGUCGUCCUGAGUUUCUUAACGGUCGCUGGCAACAUAAUGGUCAUGGUAUCGUUCAAGAUCGACAAGCAACUGCAGACGAUCUCGAACUACUUCCUCUUCAGCCUGGCGGUGGCCGACUUAUCGAUCGGCCUAAUCUCCAUGCCUCUCUUCACGAUGUACACGGUGCUCGGUUACUGGCCGCUCGGCUCCCACGUGUGCGACCUGUGGCUCGCCCUCGACUAUCUCGCGAGCAACGCGUCGGUCCUCAAUCUGCUCACCAUCAGCUUCGACAGAUACUUCUCCGUCACGCGGCCGCUCACCUAUCGCGCCACGAGAACCAACGCCAAAGCCUUCACUAUGAUCGGGGCCGCCUGGGGUAUCUCGCUGCUUCUUUGGCCGCCCUUUAUCUACGGCUGGCCGUACAUCGAGGGUCAGAGGACCGUGCCGGAGACCGCGUGUUACAUUCAAUUCAUCGAGACGAAUCACUACGUCACCUUCAUCACGGCCAUCGCCGCGUUUUAUGUUCCUGUCUGCGUAAUGAUGAUCUUGUACUGGCGGAUAUGGAAGGAGACGAAAAAACGGCAGAAAGAACUGCCGAAUUUGCAGGCCGGGAAGCAAGACGCGAGCAAGCGCAGCAACUCGAGGUGCGAUGAAGCUUUAGAUAUGGAGGAAAGUAAAAGACCGCGAAGCGAGUCGAGCACCGGCGAGGAAGCCUCGCACGCCACGCACAUUGCCGUUUCCUACCUUGAUAAGCAUUAUCCGCAAUACAAUGGCCACAGGCCGUUCUCCUGGACCUGGCUGAAGAUGUGGUGCAUCGCAUGGUGGCACAGCGGAAGAGACGACGAGGAUGAGGAUGAGGAGAUCGCAGGACCGGAGAGCAGCCGCACCGGGCCCGGCUACGAGGAAGCUCUCACGCCGUUGUCGGCCGAAACGCCGCUUCCCAGCACGGUGUCGCGGUGUCCCUCCCUAAGUGCGAUACAGGUCACGGGAGUCACUCUGGACAAGGGCGCGAUGUUGCACGAGUACAAAAGGCCGAUGCGCCCGGGCGAUCCCGUCACGAAGACCAUCACGAGCGAUUCCGUUUACACGAUUCUGAUCAAAUUACCGAGCAACGGCGGCAAGUUCAGCGAGGGAACCAGCAUCAAAAUGUUUCAAGACGACUCCAUGUCGAUCCAGAUACACAGCAUGAUGGAGGACAGCGAAGACGACAGCGGUGUCGGCGGUGGCGGAGGUGGCAGUGGAAGCGUCGGUGGCGGCGGUAUCGGCGGCGGCGGCGGUGGCGGAAGUGGCGGUGGCGGUGUCAGCGGUGUCGGUGUCGGUGUCGGCGGCGUCGGCGGUGUCGGCGGCGUCGGCAUCGGCGUCGGCGGCGGCGGCGGUGGCGGUGGCGGUGCCAGCAAGGUCUUUCGCCUUGGCGGCGUAACGCCGAGCCCGUCGUCGGUGCUGAGAAGACCGUCGCAGAUGCCAGACAUCAGGAUCCCGCUGAACGCGAAAAAUAUAGCAAAGGUCGACAAGGGCAUACUGAACAAACAGCCGAACAAGAAGAAAACGGAGAAGAAGACGGAGAAGAAAGCCGCCAAGACCCUGAUGGCCAUACUGCUAGCCUUCAUAAUGACGUGGACCCCGUACAACAUCCUAGUCCUCGUGAAGCCCCUCAUCGGCUGCCAGUACUCCAUACCGCGGGAACUGUGGGACAUGUCUUAUUACCUUUGCUACAUCAACAGUACUGUGAACCCGAUGUGUUACGCGCUGUGCAACGCGGCAUUCCGUAGAACCUACGUGAGAAUUCUCAAGUGUAAGUGGCACAGCAGGAACCGUACCGUGGACCGGGGUUACUAGCAUCGGGGGUAUUAGCAUCGGGGCUAUGCGUAACUUUCACCGUCGCGCGGCAGUUUUUUCCCACUCCCCCUGUCGCCGCCGUCGCCCCGAGCUCUCACAUCGUCGAGAAUCAACGGAUGUCAACAACCGCGCGUGCGCGCGCGCGCGCGCGCG